UCAUCUUCUCUCUUCUUUCUCUUUAUCUCUCCGACGAAAACAACAAAUCCACAGAGCCCUUUCACGGUCACAGGCCAUGCAUGGCCAUUUUGGGGAAGGGAAUUAAUGGCUCGUCCUUCCCCUAUCCGGAGUCAACCGUUGAAAAGAGGGUGUGAAGGAUUGCACUCGAAAAGGGUCCGAGCGUCGUUCGCGUUCAAGCGUAGACCUGAGAUUCGAGCCCCCGUUCACUGCACCCAAGAAAGGUAGCCAUGAGUCAGCACAAUAUUUACCCAAGGUUUAGCAUGGUCUUAGGCGUUCCUCCUCAACUAAAGGCAUGGUGGAUCUAUUUAGAGGACUACGGACAGCGGGUGGUACGUGGAGCACUAGGACACUUACCGUCUUUAAUGGAUAUCCAGCCAUGUAGAGAUAUCAUUGAGGCGACAACUGCGUUUUGGGAUGAGAAGAGAGUCGUGUUCAGAUUCAGCAACAAUGAAAUGACUCCAUUGUUAGAGGAAAUAAGUGGCUAUGUAGAAAAUGCAGCUUUGUUACAUAAGAAGAAAAAAUGGCAAAAUUGCGGCAUGAUUAUUCCAAAGGAACCUUUACCAAAAGAAUUUGUUAACAGUUUCAGAUUCAGGAAGGGUAAAGGCGUAGAAUGUUUACAAGGGUCUGCGAUACCAUUUGACUACUUGUAUCAUAGAUUUGGCUAUCAACAAAGUUUCACCAAUCAUCAAGAUGAAUUCUUCUCGUAUGACUCUUGGAAACAAAAACGGUGCUUCGCUUUCGCAGUGUGUUUUUUGGGAACUAUGGUGUUCGCUAAAGGAACAACAAGAGAUAUUCACACCCGACUCAUUACUGUAACAGAAGCUCUAUUUGGUGGCAUUGAAGGAAAAUACUACACUUCGGUCCCUAUGAUCGUAGCAGAUAUCUAUCGAGCGUUAGGACGUUGCAAGCACGGGUACAAGCAUUUUGAGGGAUGCAACUUGCUUUUACAAAUUUGGCUGAUAGAACAUCUUCAAAAGGUCGACAGGAGUCUAGCAUUUCGAAAGCCGACGGGUGAAAAUCAUAUUCUUGGACAUGUGCCAGGCGCUAUUUUGACUAAUAGAUCAUUUGAAAAGCCAAAUUAUGUAGAAGGGUGGGUAAGACUUCUUAGCCAUUUGAACGAUGAUUCAAUUCAAUGGAUGUUUGGUUGGUUUCCAUCAGAGGGUUUGGUGUUUCGUACGAAGAUCGUACCAUUCUUAGUUUUGAUGGGACUUCGGGGCUUGCAGCCUUAUGCCCACUAAGAGUUUUAAGACAAUCUGGAAGAAAGCAAAACAUACCUUUAGUGGUAGACAUGGAUCAUUAUUGAGCCGACUACAAAGAGGGAAAAAUUCCUUUUGCAAAAGAAGUUAUAAGCAUGUGGAAAUCGAGGGAAACCAUGAAAACAGAGUCAAUUGAGCCAAAUAGAUACCAAGCUGGAUGUGAUGAUAACUAUUUGGAGUGGCUGACCGCUAACUUGGAAGGAUCAAUCAAACCCGACGUUAGUCUGAGAGGACGAAUUAAGGAUGGAGAAGCAGAAGCACACAUCUUACUCCGGCAACUGCGUAAGAAAAAUCUUGUCUCUGAAGCCGAGCACCAUGCACAACUUGAGGAAAAAGAGAGGGAAACAGAGAAAUGGAAGCAGCAGGCACUUAGUUACGAGCAAAGCAUGCAAGAGUUAGAUACACUUCUAGCUGAGCAAGGAGACACUUGCAUCAAAGAAGGCAUCAAAAUGGGAGGAGUUCUGGCUAUGUCAUACAUUAUCCAGAAUCGCCGAAAGAUCGUUCAAUCAAUCCAAGCAACCAAGAGGCUCAAGAAUGACGAAGGGCCUUCCUCAUGUUAAUUAGCUUAUGAAAGUCAAGUAGUAGUUGUAAUAAUUUCCUUUGUACCAGGAUUUAAAUUUUCAAACAUUGUAUGUUUUGGGGGUCCUCAAUUAAUAGCACAUUGGGAUGAAG